GUCAAACAUUGUCUUGUCAGUGGCAGUGGGGAAAAAUGUUACCGGCGAUGGAUAAAUUACGAUUUUGUUUUAUAUUUUUGAUCUACGUUUUCAUCCAAUGUAGAAGUGCCGCCGUGGAUACAAUCACCACCGAUAUAAAAAUCAAGAAUGUAGACAGAACGAUUGAUAUCACUUCGCAACUCGUGAAAAUUUCAUCGAAAAUAACGCUCGAGAAUACGGGUUCUUCGCCGGUUAAACAAUUCCUGCUCGCCCUAGAAGGUUCGGCCAAGAAUAAUAUUGCAUUUGUCGGUGCUAAAGAUAAUAAUAAUAAAGAACUUCGUGUUACUGAGACUACAGUAAAAGGUUAUGAUAACGUAAAGUUCUGGCGUGUCGAGCUCAAAGAGGCCAUUAACGCCGGCUCUAGCGCGGUCAUCAACAGCGAAGCUGUGCUCACUAAGGCUCUGUUACCUUAUCCGACCGCUAUCACGCAAGCCGAGGAUCAACUAGUCAAGUAUCACGGUAAUCUGCAUUUCUACUCGCCUUACACCGUCGCGUCACAAAAAACCACCGUUGUGUUGAAUACAAAGAGCGUGGAGUCUUUCACAAAGGUGAAGCCUUUUGUGCAACAGGACGGCAAUAUCAUUUACGGCCCUUACACCAACGUUGCUGCGUUCAGUGAAAAGGAGUUGAGCAUUCAUUAUAAGAACAACUCUCCUUUCUUAACCGUGAGGCGCGUGGAGCGUCUCAUCGAGGUUUCUCACUGGGGCAACAUUGCUGUUGAAGAAGUAGUUGAGGUUGAGCAUACUGGAGCCCUGCUCAAGGGGCCAUUCUCACGCUACGAUUACCAGCAGGACCACCACAGCGGCCCCGCCAGUGUUCGCUCCUACAAGACCCUCCUCCCAGCUUCAGCCUCUGAUGUUUACUACCGUGAUACCAAUGGCAACAUUUCUACCUCCAACAUGAAGGUCAAGAAGGAUUCUGUGGAACUAGAUCUGAGACCGAGAUACCCUCUUUUUGGUGGGUGGAGGAGCCACUACACUUUAGGAUACAAUGUGCCUAGCUAUGAAUACCUGUACCAGUAUGGUAAUGAGUAUUUAUUGAAAAUGAGAGUCAUUGACCACAUUUUUGAUGACAUGCAGGUUGAUGAGGUUGUCACAAAGAUUAUUUUGCCAGAGGGUUCCAACAGCAUUAAAGUGAACAUCCCAUACUCUGUAACUAGAUUACCAGAUAGCCUUCACUACACUUACUUGGACACCAAGGGUCGCCCGGUCGUUACAUUCACGAAGAAGAAUGUUGUUGAGAACCACAUCCAAGAUUUCCAGCUUCGGUACACAUUCCCGCGCCUCCUCAUGUUGCAGGAGCCUCUGCUGGUUGUCGGGUUCCUGUACUUGUUAUUCCUAUGCGUAAUUAUUUAUGUAAGAUUAGAUUUCUCUAUCCAUAAGUCUGAACACCCCCAUAAGGAAUAAUUAAUAUAUAGUUAUUUGUAUAACUAAUUUAUAAUUUCAAUGCAUCUAGUUCACUUGCAUUUUAUGUGAUUGUGUGAAGAAUACAUUUAAAUAAAGAUGUUUUUAUAA